AUGCGCGCCAUUGCUGCGCUCCUCGUGGCGGCGCCCAUAUCUGCGGCCAUUGAUGCGUAUUACAAGAUUGACACGCCCGAGCUCGUCGCUUACAAAACUGCAGAUGAAAUUCGCCAGAGCGCGACAACACUUGCAUACGACCUCAUGACCUUUUACAAGGGCAACCAGUCCGGGCAGAUCCCCGGCAUGCUGCCCGGCCCGCCCGCCAGCGGCACCGGGGACUACUACUGGUGGGAGGGCGGCGCUCUGAUGGGCACCUACGUUGACUAUUUCCAUCUCACCGGGGACGCCAGCUACAACAAAGUCGUCACGCAGGGCCUGCUGUUCCAGGUCGGCGAGAAUGAGGACUACCAGCCGCGCAACCAGACGAUUGGCCUGGGGAAUGACGACCAGGGCUUCUGGGGCAUGGCGGCCAUGCGCGCGGCCGAGACGCGCUUCCCCAACCCGCCGCCGAAUGAGCCGCAGUGGCUGGCGCUGGCACAGGCCGUGUGGAAUACCCAGGCUGAGCCGAGCCGGUGGGAUGAAGCGUGUGGGGGAGGGCUGCGCUGGCAGCGGCAGUUUUUCAACAAUGGGUACAGUUACAAGAACGGUACAGCCCCUGUUUGUGCUUCAUGUUUUGUGGCAUGCAUACUGAUGCGGGCAGCAGCAAUUGCGAAUGGCGUCUUCUUUAACCUCGGCGCUCAUUUGGCGCGGUAUACGAGCAACGACACGUAUGCGCAGCGCGCAGAGCAGACGUGGGACUGGCUCUGGAACGUGGGCUAUAUUGACAAUGAGAACUGGCACGUGUACGACGGCGGCCACGUCGAGCACAACUGCACGGAUAUUAACCGUCUCGAGGUGUCGUACAAUCCAGCGCUGCUGAUUGAGGGUUCAGCGUUCCUGUACAACUAUACGAAUGGAGAUGAGAAGUGGAAGUACCGCAUCAACACCAUGCUCGCCUCGUAUCUCAAGGAAUUCUUCCGCGACAACGUCAUCUUCGAGACGGACUGCGAGACGCGCGAGCCGCCCUGCACCACCGACAUGCUAUCCUUUAAAGGUUACUGCCUGCGUUGGCUCGCCGUCGUCACGCAGCUCGCCCCCUUUACACGCGACGCCAUCAUGCCCGUGCUGGAGGCCUCGGCGCGCGCCGCCGUGCGCCAGUGCACGGGGCCACCUACCGGUCGUCGCUGCGGCUUCUACUGGACCAAAGGCGGCGUAUUUGUCGAUCCCGGAAUAGACAACACGACUGGUGCGGGCGAGGCCAUGGACGUGCUGGCGGCGGUGGCGAGCCUGCUCAUUGAUGAAGUGGAGGCGCCGGUCCGAGCGGACACGGGCACGUCAAUCGGUAACCCCAACGCGGGCUUGCCGGACGCGGUGGGCGGGAUGAGGAGGGGGAUCACAGCGGCGGAUCGGUUCGGUGCGGGCGUGGUGACGGUGUUGUAUGUGAUGGGGCCUGCUCUGUUGUUGGUUUGGAUCUGCUUGGAUGAGACGCAGGGGGUGAAGAAGGCGAAGGAUGUGGAAGGACAGGAAGUCAGCAGCAGCCAAGCUCCGUAG